AUGACGAGACCUGAAACUCACGUUCCCGAUAUCCCACCUGCUCCAUUUCCAAUACAUGGUACUUCCAACAUUAUCAGUGGUUUUGGAAGAGGAUCAUCAGAAUUAGGUAUUCCAACAGCAAAUAUCCCCAUAAGCAUAGCAUUACAUAGUUUACCUACAGGUAUCUACUAUGGAUGGUGUAAGGUGAUACCAAAUGACAAAGCAGACAUAUCAGAACACACUCGAAAUGAUGGCCAACCAAUCAUGUUCAAUAAUGGUACCAAUUUAGAGAAGGAAGAAUUAUGCAUUUUUCCAAUGGUUAUGUCUAUUGGAUGGAAUCCAUUUUAUCACAAUAAAGAGAAAGCUGCUGAAGUACAUAUAAUUCACAAGUUUGGUGAUAAUUUUUAUGGGGCAUUAAUAAAAUAUAAUGUGUUGGGCUAUAUCAGACCGGAAUUAAAUUAUACGACAAAGGGUACGUAA